AGCGAAAUGAAUUUCCGGCCCUUAGCGAGCAUGACAUCAAGCAUGGAGGUAACCCCCAACGAGCGUGCAUCGGUUUUUAAAUGACCUCCAGUCCCCUCUUUUCAUUAUCCCCACUCCUCAAGCCCUCUUCCCUAUCACUCACUCCAGUCAAGGAAACCCUCAUCUCAAAGCCAUGGCUCCCAAGUCCCCCCUCUUCGAUCGUAUCCUCAAUCUCCUCGAGACCGGUCUCGACACCACCGGAGCAUGGAAACUAGCCCAACGAAUCCGUCGGAUCCAGCAAAACCGACAAGGCCUGCUGACGGCCAAAGAGAUCGAGGCGAUCACCAUUCUUCUGACCAACGAUUUCAGCCGACGCAUGAACGCUCAAUACGAGGGCAUGUUUAUGGAAAGGCGAGCGACGAUCCUGAAACAGCUGGACCACAUCGUUGGGGGAAACGUGGCAGACAAUCUCGAGAAAGAGCUCAUUGCGGUCGAACUGAACUUGAAGGAGCUGGAGAGAUACAUUGGGGCGGUCGAGAAGACGUAUCAGUCCAUGCUCAAGGAGGAAGGUGAUAAGCCUUUUGGUAGGGCGAUCAAGGCGCACUGGAAGAGGAAGAAUUGGCAGCUGUCGAAGCGGUUGCGAGAUGAUUGUGCGAAACGGGGUGGGUGUUGUGCUAGAGGUUGUGGGUGCUGCGAGAAGCAGAGGAGUGAGUUGAGGCCUGGGGUGGUGGGUCAUUGUACCUUUGCCUGUGCGUGCUGUGAGCAGGCGAGGGGGGAGGAGGUGGAGAAUUAUGAGGUUUUGGAUGUUUGUGAGAAUUAUGAGAUUCUGGCGAAGGGCAAUCGCCGUGCUGAUUCAAUUAUGAAGGCAUAUGUUUGGGGGGUUUGA